UUGCUUGUUUUUGCUUCCCACAGGAGCUACCAAGUGCCAGGAUGUUGUGCCUUAUCAGCUGUGUGCUGAACUACAUGGCCUGGGUAGUGGGAUGGGUGACCCUGGUAGUUGUCACUUUAAAAGUUGUGCUUGGACCAGUCUAUUUUGAAUCACUUCGAGGCAGAGCAUUUGCAUAUUUUAUGGAGUACCUUGCCAAAGAAGAGCUAAGGAAAAGCCUUCAGCAGAGUAAGAUAGACCUUUUUUCUUCAAUGAAGCUGAUCAAGUCAAGUGACCAAGAGCUCUCCAAGAAGAAUGCUCUAAAUAUACUGGAGAUCGGCGUCGGCACAGGCAUGAACUUGGAGUUUUACCCGGCCGGCUCCCGGCUGCACUGCGUCGACCCCAACCAGGCGUUCGAGGUCUACUUUCGGCGCGAGUGUCUGCAGAAGGCCGCCCACCUGGACCCGGACAUUCGGUUCGUGGCCGAGCGCGGCGAGUCGAUGCCGUCGGUGGCCGACAGCUCGGUGGACGUGGUGGUCACCACGCUGGUCAUGUGCAGCGUCACACACCUGGACCAGAUGCUCCGCGAGAUUCGGCGCGUCCUGGUGCCCGGCGGCAAAUUCUAUUUCCUGGAGCACGUGGGACACCCAUCGGGCACGUGGCGCCGCCGACUACAGAACGUGCUCUCCAACUCCGGCUUCUGGCCGGCCGUGUUCGACGGAUGUGUGCUCAACACAGAGGUGGAGGAGGUGAUGCAGACCGGCGGCUUCAGCCAGGUGGACUGCCGCUCGGGACUCCUGCUGGACAUGCAGAUGCAGCCCACGUCUGCGCCGCUCUCCGGGGCGGCGCUCGUCAACCCGUUCGUAUACGGUGAGCUCACCAAGUGAGCUGACGAGCUCACUAAGUGAGUUGGCGAGGUCGCAAAGUGAACUGACGAGCUCACCAAGUGAGAUCGCGAGCUCACGAAGUGAGGUGGCGAGGUCGCAAAGUGAGCGGACUGGUGCCGACCAGUGCCACAAAUCAGGUGCGGAGUAUCCGAGCUAUCGACUGCCUAUGGUCGCCAAGCCGCCUCCUGAUCAAUUAAUUUGUGCUGUGUGAA